AUGACGGAUAUUGCUUUUACGCAAAAUGGCUUUAAGGAUUGGAACAAGGCUUUGGAGAGAUUCAGAACUCAUAUUGGAGAGGUUAAUAGCAUCUACAAUAAGUGUUUCAACAUAAUGAUUAACUUAAUGAAUCAAUCACAAUCUAUUCGCAUAUCUUUUGAAAAGCAUUUCGAGAAACAAAAAAAUAAAUCUUGGCGUUGCUUGAAUGCUUCAAUCGAUGUAGCAAGGUUUCUUUCGAGAUUAGGAUUGUCAUUUUAUGUUCAUGAUGAGAGUGUAUCAUCUACAAAUAGAGCUAUUGUUGAUGCUUGUGCAAAAGAAACAAUCAAAGUUACCAUGGAAGACUUAAAUGGUGAUUAUUUUGAGAUACUAGUUGAUGAAUCAAAAGAUAUAUCACAUAAGGAGCAAAUGACACUUGUUCUACGAUAUGUUGAUGAAAAAGGUGAAGUGAUAGAGCGAUUUGAUGGUUUUGUCCAUUUGCAGCUGACACUCGUGGCUCUUGUGAAGAAGAAUUCAGAUGUAGAUGAUUUUUUUUGUUUAUUUAUUAAUGUGUUGAAUAUUGUUAGAGCAUCUUAUAAGCGCAGGUAUUUGCUUAGACAACAUCAAGCUGCAAAGUUAGAGAAGUUGAUCAUUUCUGGUGAAGUGCACACAGGACGGGGACUAAAUCAAGAAUGUGGACUUCAACGGCCAUGUGAAACUUGUUGGGGUUCUCACUGUAAGACAUUAGAGAAAUUCAUUGACAUAUUUUCAUCAAUUCUUUAUAUGCUUGGAUUUAUUGCACGUGAGUGCCCAAAUUAUCUUGACAGACUUACAACUGAAACUCUUAAGAAUACCAUUAAGGGGUUUGAUUUUGCUUUUAUGCUACACUUGAUGUUGAAAGUUCUAAUGAUAACAAAUUAUUUGAACUCCUCAUUACAAAAGAUGGAUCAAGAUAUUAUCAAUGCUAUGGAAUUGCUUAAUACUGCAAAGCAAGGCUUGCAAAGGAUUAGAGAUAGUGGAUGGAGCUCAUUACUAGAUGAUGUUUUUUCUUUUUGUGAUAAAUAUGAGAUAGCGAUCCCAAAAAUGGAUGCUCGCUAUAUUCCUGGUAAGUCGAAACAUAGAGCUCUUGAUGUUACAUAUUAUCAUUAUUUUUGGGUUAAAAGAUAUUUUGUUGUUAUUGAUUUGCUACUUUAG